GCUACUGAAAUAGCUCAAAGAGAACCUGGGAAAUGGCCAAGUCAAACCGUGAUCAAUCCAAAAAAACCAAGAAGCCAAGGCCGUUCAUGUGCUCAGAUCAGGUAAGAUUGUUGAUAACAAAGUUGGUUCUGAUCUAUCAAAUGAUGUUGUGGUUGUAGAGGAUGAAGAUGAAGAGGAAACCACAGCUAUGGAAGGAGAACAACCCAAAACGUCCCAAUCUGCUCCUAAGGCCAAAUCUGAUUCUCAGGAACCCAAUCCAUUUCAAUUGCAUAAAAGAGAUGACAAAUUUGUGCCAUCACAUCUUCAUCAAGAUAGAUACAUCCCACCUCCUCCAUAUAUUCCACCGAUUCCAUUUCCAGGCCGUUUGAAGAAAGCAAAUCAAGAUAAGGCUUUUAAAGAGAUUUAUGAUAUUUUGAGUAAAGUUAAUAUCAAUUUGCCCUUGCUUGAUGUUGUUAAACAGAUUCCUGCAUAUGGAAAGUUCAUCAAGCACUUGAUGACUCACAAGCUCAAUUUUACUCCAAGUGAAGAAGUAAAGCUCAACAAGAAUGUGAGUGCUGUGUUGCAAAGGAAGCUUCCACCAAAACUAGAAGAUCCUGGCAGCUUUAACAUUCCCAUUAACAUCGGAGAUAAGACGGUUGGAAGAGCCAUGUUGGACUUGGGAGCAAGCAUCAAUGUAAUGCCAUAUUCAGUUUAUCACGCGCUUGGCUUAGAAGGGAUAAAGAAAACCUCAAUUCGUCUUGAACUAGCUGAUCAUUCUAUCAAAUAUCCAAGAGGUAUUGUAGAAGAUAUUUUAGUUCAAGUUAAUACACUCAUUCUUCCGGCUGAUUUUGUAGUGAUGGAUAUGGAGGAUAACCCAUAUGUAGACCGUGUUGAUCCCAUUCUCCUCGGGCGACCGUUCAUGGCCACUGCAGACACAAUCAUCAAAGUGAAAGAUGGCACCCUCUCCAUGACUGUUUUGGGUGAAACUGUUGAAUUUAAAGUGUUUGAUGCUCUGUCUCAACCUUCUAUCACUCUUGAUACUUGUUUUUCAAUUGAUGUUGUGGAUCAUGAGGUUUCUUCUAAAAUUGUGCAGAAAAAGUCUAAUGAUGCUUUGGAAGCGGUCCUAACACAAGAAGAGGAAGAUCUCUUUGAAUCAGAGUUCCAAGAAGUGAUGGCUGCCUUAGAAGUGUUUCAGCCAUACCCACCAUCCUUUAAGCCACCACUUGAGCCUCUUGUAUCAUCCUCCACAAAAUUGGAGCCAUCCAUUAUCACCCCACCAAAGCUAGAACUUAAACCUCUACCCAAUCAUCUUAAAUAUACUUAUUUGGGUGCUAAUGAAACUCUCCCUGUUAUAAUUGCUGCAAGUCUCACUUCACAUGAAGAGGACAGCUUAAUUGAAGUUCUGAAAGAACAUAAAACAGCCCUUGGAUGGACCAUAGCAGACAUCAAAGGAAUUAGUCCAAGCAUGUGCAUGCACCGAAUUUUAAUGGAAGAAGACAGCAAACCAUCUCGUGAUGCACAAAGGAGGCUAAAUCCCAAUAUGAAAGAGGUGGUUAGGGCUGAAGUUUUGAAGCUACUUGAUGUGGGAAUCAUCUACCCAAUUUCAGAUUCUAAGUGGGUGAGUCCUGUGCAAGUGGUUCCAAAGAAGUUCGGAAUCACCGUUGUAAAGAAUGAGAAGAAUGAGCUAGUUCCAACACGCACUAUCACUGGUUGGAGAGUUUGCAUUGAUUAUAGGAAGUUGAACACAUCCACGAGAAAAGAUCAUUUUCCCUUGCCUUUUAUUGAUCAAAUGCUUGACCGUUUAUCUGGCCAUGCUUACUACUAUUUUCUUGAUGGAUUUUCAGGUUAUAAUCAAAUUCCUAUUGCUCCGGAAGACCAGGAGAAAACCACGUUCACAUGCCCAUUUGGUACAUUUGCUUAUAGAAGGAUGCCAUUUGGUUUGUGCAAUGCUCCAGCAACUUUCCAAAGAUGCAUGAUGGCAAUCUUUUCUGAUAUGGUGGAACGAUUCAUGGAGGAAACAAAUCUGAUUUUGAAUUGGGAGAAGUGUCACUUCAUGGUAAGACAAGGAAUUGUGCUAGGCCAUGUUGUUUCAAACAAGGGAAUUCAAGUGGACAAAGCCAAGAUAAAUAUCAUCACAAAUCUACCACCCCCUUCCUCUGUUAAAGGAGUUAGAAGCUUUCUGGGCCAUGCCGGAUUCUAUAGAAGGUUCAUAAAAAAAAUUUCAAGCAUUUCAAGACCAUUGUGUAAUCUCCUUGCUAAGGAUGCUAUUUUUGAGUUUGACGAGAUUUAUAUGGAAGCCUUUACGACUUUGAAGAAAGAGAUAACUUCAGCCCCUAUUAUCAUAGCUCCAGAUUGGUCUUUACCAUUUGAAAUAAUGUGUGAUGCCUCUGACUUUGCUAUUGGUGCAGUUUUAGGUCAAAAGAAGAACAAGCUUCCCCAUGUGAUUCAUUAUGCGAGCCGGACCUUGAAUGACGCCCAACUCAAUUACUCCACAACAGAAAAGGAGUUGCUUGCUGUGGUUUUUGCUUUAGAAAAAUUUCGUCCUUACCUUGUUGGUUCUAAAGUAAUUGUUUAUUCUGACCAUGCUGCUCUUAGAUACUUGCUCACUAAGAAGGACGCCAAACCUCGCUUGAUCAGAUGGAUUCUCUUGCUGCAAGAGUUCGAUUUGGAGAUUCGAGACAAGAAGGGAUGUGAAAAUGUGGUGGCUGACCAUUUGAGCAGAAUUGUGGUUGAAGAGCAAGGAGAAGCUGUACUACCAUUGAAUGAGACUUUCCCAGAUGAACAAAUAUAUGUUGCCCAAGUCAAAGAGCCAUGGUAUGCUGAUUUGUUAAUUAUCUUGCUUGUGGUGUUCUUAGAAAUGAUCUAA